AUGUCAAAAGCCCCUCAGAGCAUGGUCCUGGAGCCCAAGCCCAUCUGGAAGCCAUGCACGCCGCCGCACCAAAUUCCCAUCAAUAUAUAUCGGGAUCAUAUCAAUCAGAAAUUCAAUGAGCAACUCAAAUCUUCCCAAGAGUUGCACCAAUGGUCUGUAUCCAAUCUUCAGGAUUUCUGGAUAGACUUGCAUGCAUACACACAGAUCAUCCCGGCUUUACCUCCGACCAUAACAUCCGCAUUUGAUGCCAAAGCCCCAAUAGAGACCGUGCCUGAGUUCUUCCGCGGGGCCACAGUCAAUUAUGCCGAGAAUGUGCUUUCCGGGCGCGAUUUAGACAAAGUUGCGUUGGUUGGAAUCCGUGAAGGUCAAGAUCUUGGCGGGGAGGUAUGGACAUGGGGGUUGUUAAGAGAGAAUGUGAGGAAGGCUCGAAGUGGACUUCGGCAAAUGGGUGUCAAAGAGGGCGACCGAGUUUCCGCCAUUAUUUCCACGAGUGUUUGGUCAGUCGCCUUGUUUUUGGCCACUGCGAGUAUUGGUGCCAUUUGGACAAGUAUUGCUCCAGAUCUAGGAGAAGAGGGUUGCAUAUCAAGACUACAACAAGUUGCCCCUAGCAUCCUGUUCGCUGAUCAGGAGUCGACUUAUAAAGGCCAUUUCCGGUCCAACGUCACCAAGAUACAAAAAGUCGUCAACGCUUUGCGCUCGAAACCACGGGUGUUCCUGAUCCCCAUCGCAGGUAACCCUACCAAUGUCCCAGUGCCCGCAUUUUACACCCUCAGUCAGUUCUUGUCCGCUUCAAAGGACGAUGAAUUGGCAUUUAAGAGGCUGCCUUUCUCUCAACCGCUCUACAUCUUAUAUACCAGCGGUACAACAGGCCAACCGAAAUGUCUGGUCCACAGUCACAGUGUGAUUCUACAGCACAAGAAAACUUCGGUAUUGCACAACUCACUGACGCCUAAUGAUGUUGUAUUUCAGUACAGCAGCACUUCAUGGGUUUUAUGGAACAUCAUGAUCGGUCACCUCUCUGUCGGCCCGACUCUGAUUCUUUACGACGGAUCUCCCUUAUGGCCAACUGCAAAAGGAUUAGCCAAGAUUGCUGAAUACCACAAGGUAACUUAUUGGGGAUGCUCCCCGCGUUAUCUGCAGGAACUUGAGAUGACAGGGUGCAUUCCGAAGAAUGAGUUUGAUCUUUCAGCCCUGCGGAUGGUACAAACCGGAGGCUCUCAUCUCGGUGAAGACCAAUAUCACUGGUUCUACCGUGCUUUCCCUUCAAGGGUCCACCUUACAAGCGUCACAGGGGGAACAGAUCUAGUGACAUCCUGGGUUGGAACAGACCCCGCUGGCCCGGUCUACCCAGGGGAGAUUCAGCUGCCCAUGCUUGGGCAGGAUGUGGAUAUUGCUGAUCCUCUCACUGGCGAGUCGGUCAAACAUACUGGAAAGCAUGGCGAGUUUGUCUGUCGCCAGCCUUUCCCGUCUAUGCCGGUCUUCUUCUGGGGUGAUCAAAGUGGCGCAAAGUACAAGAGCACGUAUUUCGACAAGUUUGAGAACUGCUGGGCCCAGCAUGACUGGGCAAGCUACAACCCGCAAACAAAAGGAUGGCAAAUUCAUGGAAGAAGCGACGGCGUGUUGAACCCACAGGGCAUUCGGUUUGGCUCCUCCGAUAUCUAUUCAAUCACUGAAUCUGCGCCAUUCAACUCAACGAUAUCAAAUACAUUGUGUAUCGGAAGAAGAAGACCGCAUGAUACCAACGAAGUCGUGUUCCUUUUCGUGGUCAUGCAGGUGAGCAGGCAAUUCACUGCCCAGAUUGCAGUGGAGCUCAAGGACGCAAUUCGAAAGGGACUGAGCAGUAAACAUGUUCCUCGAUUUGUCAUCGGUGUGAGAGAGAUUCCCAUGACGGUUAACGGAAAGAAGGUUGAGACGCUGGUCAAGCAGGUAGUCUCGUCCGGUAAACUGCCGGAGACUAUCAGCAGUACAGUCAUGAAUCCGGAGUGCCUCGAUCAGUUUAAGCAGUACUAUAGCGUUGAGGUGCAGGAACCCAGCAGUUCAAGGCUAUAG